AUGCCUCUUGAGCAGCAAGAAUUCUCCCGCCCGCCACCACCCCCACCGCCCGGGACGCCUGCAGACUCCGAGACAGUAAAGCCAUGGUACUCGAUCGGACCUGGAGUCUGGGAAUUGCUGCUCAAUGGCAACAAAGAUUCGGAGGAGAGGUCUGUUCUUCAGUGGCACGAGCCAAAUGCAGUAUCCGUCACCAACGGGCUGAUAACUCACGCCUAUGUUGAAGAAGUUUGUCUCCUUCGUGGGGACCUUGAGGAUAUCACACUGGGUCAGACCUGGUCAACAGGGGCAUACGCAUAUCGCUAUCCGGGCAUGGAACACGGCCCAUACAAGGCUUCGUCCUCUGGUUGUUUGAUGUUUGUCAAGUUGUCACCGCGCAGCGGAUCCGUGGCUCUAUUUACUUGA